AUGUUGCCUGUGUAUCAAUUUGUCAAUUGGGUAAGGGUUAUAAAACUGGCUUAUCUUGAUUUUUCCACCCCCUGGGUUGUGGUUCAGGAACGGAGAGAGCUGGAGACACUACUGGCAGAAGCCAAGGAACAUUGCAAAGAGAUGCAAUCUAAACUGAGUCGUAUCCAGACCUCCACUGACAGAGAGAUUUCCGGCCUUUGUAGGGAUCGAAACAUGGCAACUGAGAACGCACCUAGUCUGAAGUCGUCUGCCAUAGUAGUUGCCAUGAUUCCCAGCAUCAGACAGUGGACUUGGUACAUUCUCAACCGUUUGGCCAGAAUCGUAGUCGGAGUUCGUAGCUUGGUGCGACGAAUGGCAAAACUCACUGAUGAUGCCGAAUACGAUGCCGGCGAAACUUCUGAGAAUGUACCAAGUCCACUGUCUGAUGCUGGGAAUCAUGACAACUACUAUGGCAGACGACUUUAG